ACGAAGAAGUGCGACCAGUGCGGGAGGGAGACGGAGGGUCGACGGAAAACGGAGAAAAUCGCCGCCAACAUUAGCAGCCAGGAUCCGGGCGAGGGGGAGCUUGCGGCCCGCGGCUCCGGUGCGCCGCUGCUGCGUUCGUCGGGAGUGGGCUGCGUCCGUGCGUCGGCCAUCGGUGGUGGUGGUGGUGGUGGGGGUGCGCCGUGGGAGCAGUACGCGGCCAGCGGAGCGAUGUCGCUCAAUGGGCGCGACCUGAUGAAGCAAUCGCCGGCCGACUACAACCAGAGCGUGCUGACGAUGCAGAAGUCGGUCACCAUUACGGUGACGCCGCAGCGCAGCAACUCGAUGGACCUGCUGAACUUCGAGGAGAAGCGGCAGCUGAUCGCGUCCUCGCUGUCACUCUCCGACAUCCUGCACGUGAGCCCGGCGGCAGCGCAUGUGGCUAAGGAGGUGGCCGCCAGUACGGUGAUUGCGACUAAAAAACAGAACGGCACCACGAUGCGCUCGAACAGCCUCAAUUCUGGUUCGCGGACGCCACCGUUGGAGCGAAAAAGCAGCAAAUUUAGCGCCUUCGGGCGACUCUUCAAACCGUGGAAGUGGAGAAGAAAAAAGAAGAGCGAGCAAUUUGAAUCCACCUCAAAGUCGCUUGAGCGGAAAAUUUCAGUACGUGCCAAUCGGGAAGAACUUGUACAAAAGGGUAUUCUGCUGCCGGAAAGCCCAACAUCUGCACUAUCGAUAGCUGCCAUUUGCAUCAGUCCCACGGAAUCGGUAACGUGGUCCACCUCAUCUCAUAGGCAAUUGCAAACGUUCCACCAUCAGCCACCGCCACCGCCACCACCGACGUCGCUGCACUAUCGGAGUCCAAACGAGGAGCAGGUCACGUUCUACAACACAAUGAACGGAACGAACGGUGCCGUCCUGCCAAAUCUCGCAUCCUCCACCGCCGCACCAAAUAGUAAUAGCAUAACGAACAACAAUGUGCCUUCAUCGCAAUCGGCCCAGCAGAUCGGCAGCCUCGGCGGAGGCGGUGGCACACCCGUUGGCUCCUUCAACCUGUCGGCCAUCCUCGGGAGUGGCGGCGCCGCUCCCGGCCAGAUAGGGGGCAGCGGGGGACCGCCGGGCAUCGGCGGUGGUGGUGGUGGGCCGGGCGCGGGUGUAAUCGGUGCGAACAUGAUCGGCGGCAGUACGGCUGGCAGUGCGUUGGCCAGCAUUUUGACCGGAAGUGCUAGUUUAAGUGGUGCUGGUGGUGGUGGUGCAUCGGGCGCCGGCGGGCCGGGAGGCGGACAGGGCCCGGGAAGUGUAGUGUCCGGGCUGGGUCAUUCGCAGUCGGCGCACCAGAUCGGACAGCCACCGCCGCCGUCGCUGGUGCACGCCCAGCUCGGCACGCAUCAGGCGCUUCAGCAGCAGCUGCAGCAGCAUUUCGCGAACGUGGCCGCUAACGCCAGUGCCAACAUGAAUCAAGUUCAAGAUAAUCAAAGGAAAACACCACCGCCGGCCAAUGACAGCCAACAGCACCAGCAGCAGCAGCAGCAGCAGCAUCUGUCGCACCAUCAGCACCAGCAGCCAACGCAAUCUCUCCAGGCGCAACACCACCACCAGGCGCUCCAGCAGCAGCUCCAGCAGCACCACCAGCAGCAGCAGCAGGCUCAGCAGCAACUCCAGCAGCAGCAGCAGCAGCAAUCGUUGCAGCAUCAGCAACAUCAGCAGCAUCAGCAGCACGGGCACGGACACAGCCACGGGCACGGGCACCAUGGGUUGCCGAAUCACAUCGUGCUGUCGGAGCUGCCGGAGCCACCGAUUCCGGUGUCGGAGAUUGGACCGAUCCCGCCGCCACCCAUGUUCUCCACCCCCAGCCCGACGCUCGUUGGCGUGCGAUCGCACGGACCGGGCGGUGGCUCGGGCGGUGGAGGAUCGGGCGGUAGUGGCGGUGGUGGUGGAGGGGGUGCCGGUGCCGGAGGUAGUAGCGGCGGGGCCCAACCACCGAACGUGCAUUCCACUGGUAGCAAUAGUAGUAUUAUGAGUAACAUUAUACCGUUAGAUAUGAACGAUUACGACUACGAUGAUCAUGAAAACAAUGAUCACGAGGAGGUCGACUCGGACGAUGACUACCGGUACCCGCCGCAGCCGAACCCCAACAUCGACACAAAUCGCAUCGACGAGAUCCCGGCAAAGGAACCCAACAUCAAUGCGGUGCCAUUGAAGUCUGCACUGAAGAAGAAGGGCUCGAACCCAGGCACCCCAACGCAGGACAAUCGGGCACUGGCGGUGCGCAACGACAUGAAUCCGUCUGCGACGAUCAAGCCAGUUUUACGACCACGGAUUAGAAUAUGUUCCCGACCGAUGCGUUUCCAAAUCGGCCUACCGAGUACGAUGGAAAACAAGGAGAAUACUCGUCCAUACGUAAUCCGCGAGGCCGGUGACGACAGCGACCAGUCGGAUGGGCCGAUCUGCUACCGUGAUGAGGACGCCGAUCGGGCGGCGAAAAUCGCCCGGAAGGAGAGCCUCUCGAUCAAACUGGCCCUCCGGCCGGACCGGCAGGAGCUGAUCAAUCGGAACAUCCUACAGCUGCAGUCGGACAACGAGAAGCAGGAGUCCAAGGAAGCGAUCGGGGCCCGGCUGAUCCGUCGGCUCUCGAUGCGCCCCACCGCUGAGGAACUCGUGGAGCGGAACAUUCUGAAGACUCAAUCGCCGGCCGAGGAGAAAAAGCAAAAGGAAGAAAAGAAGCGCUAUCUGCUGCGGAAGCUUAGCUUCCGGCCAACGGUCGAUGAGCUGAAGGAGAAAAAGAUUAUCCGCUUCAACGACUACAUUGAGGUGACACAGGCUCACGAUUACGACCGGCGGGCGGACAAACCGUGGACACGCCUGACGCCGAAGGAUAAGGCCGCCAUCCGUAAGGAAUUGAACGAGUUCAAGAGCUCCGAAAUGGCCGUGCACGAAGGUAGUCGACAUCUUACCAGGUUUCAUAGGCCAUGACAACUGCAAGGGAUGGCCAAGGAAAGCAAGCAGUUUGCCGUACAUUAUUUUACAUUUCUCAUUAGAAACUACUACGACAUACAUCUGAUUGUGUACAUAUGAGUGCGCGUCAACAACCAUCCUGUUUUUUUGACAAUGGCACAGCAUCAGCGUCCUCGUUGUUGUGGCAGCAUCAAUCCCUUUCCUAGCUCCGACCAGCACAGUGCACCCGAGACGCAUUUGGUUGCCCCCCUCAGAAAUCAUAAUCUGACCAUCAUCGGACGAAUUAGUUUAAGUGAGUCAAUGGUAGGACAUAAGCGAGGUGCUCGUUGAGUAUGAAUUUUGUGGCACAUUGUGCGUGCAAGUAGGGAAAGGGAAAAAAAAGAACGAAUUCGAAAAAUUCCAUCAUUCAAACAUUUCCAUCUCGUCUGGUAAACCGCGAUCAUUCGUGUCUGAAAAAAGGAACACAGCGAUAUGGACACGAUCUCAAACUUCCGACAUGUGUGCACGACCACCGGAGAAUGUUUCGGUAUUGGAAAACUAGAACUAGUCACUCUUGGCAAACAUAACGUUCUAGUAAAAGACACUCAUACUCUGAAAUGCAGCAAAUUCCAUCCGUUUUCUGGUUGCAUAACUUUUACCGGCAAUAUCUCGCUGAAAUGUGAACAAGCCAAGGCGCGUUGAUACAAUUGAUUUCCGUGAUUAACUAACUAUACUGGAUAUGUUUGUUUUUUUGUUUUUUAAGAGCGAAAGAAACAGGGCCAGACAAUGGGAAACAUCUCAAACCACUUGAAAUAAGAAACACAUAGAUUCACAAUUAAACACCGAUGGAAAAAACGAAAAAAAAGAAAAAAAAGGCUUGGGAAUACCCGUAAAUGAGAAUAAUUAUACUGUGAUAAUGUUGAUGACGUUAUUAGAAUGUUACCGACAAGGAAAAGAGCAUGAAAAUUGAGUAUGGAUGGA